GCUACCAACAAUUUCUAAAGUUCAGUACAAAACGUUGAACAUAACCUACAAAAUUUUGUGUUCAAGUAAAAAAUUUUCAUAUAUAUUGAUGUUAAUAUAUUGAAUAAUGUUUUACCAUAUAUCUUUAGAACAUGAAAUUUUGUUACACCCUCAAUAUUUUGGACCUCAACUUCUAGAAAAGGUCAAAACUAAGUUGUAUACGGAAGUAGAAGGAACUUGUACUGGAAAAUAUGGAUUUGUUAUUGCUGUUACUACAAUCGAUAGUAUUGGAGCAGGCCUAAUACUGCCUGGUCAAGGCUUUGUUGUAUAUCCAGUAAAAUAUAAAGCUAUAGUUUUCCGACCAUUUAAAGGGGAAGUGUUGGAUGCUGUAGUAAGGCAGGUUAAUAAAGUAGGAAUGUUUGCUGAAAUUGGGCCUUUAUCUUGUUUUAUAUCCCACCAUUCAAUACCUGCAGAGAUGGAAUUUUGUCCCAAUGUAAACCCCCAAUGUUACAAAACGAAAGAUGAGGAUGUUGUUAUUCAUGCAGAAGGAGAAAUAAGAUUAAAAAUCGUGGGAACAAGAGUGGAUGCUUCUGGCAUUUUUGCUAUUGGGACCCUUAUGGAUGACUAUUUAGGUUUAAUAAGUAAUUAAGUUUUUUUAUAUGUACAUUUUAUAUUAUAUUAAGAAAAUAAAUAAUUUGAUUUGUA